GUCUGACGGGCUGCGGCGGGAGCUGAGCUGACUUUGCCAGCAGCUGGAGCUGUGAAUCGCUGCCCUAUGCAUGUGUGUCUGUCUCCCGCAGCCCAGGACCAUGGGGAGCAGCAAGAGCAAACCCAAAGACCCCAGCCAGCGCCGGCGCAGCCUGGAGCCCACCGACAACACCCACCACGGGGGUUACCCGGCCUCGCAGACACCCAGCAAGGCGGCCGCUCCCGACACCCAUCGCACCCCCAGCCGCUCCUUCGGGACCAUGGCUGCCGAGUCCAAGCUCUUUGGAGGCUUCAACACCUCUGACACGGUCACCUCACCGCAGCGUGCUGGGGCGCUGGCUGGUGGAGUCACCACCUUCGUGGCCCUCUACGACUACGAGUCUCGGACCGAAACGGACUUGUCCUUCAAGAAAGGAGAGCGCCUGCAGAUCGUAAACAACACGGAAGGUGACUGGUGGCUGGCUCAUUCCCUCACUACAGGACAGACGGGCUACAUCCCCAGUAACUAUGUCGCGCCCUCAGACUCCAUCCAGGCUGAAGAGUGGUAUUUUGGGAAGAUCACUCGCCGUGAGUCCGAGCGGCUGCUGCUCAACCCCGAAAACCCCCGAGGGACCUUCCUGGUACGGGAGAGCGAGACCACGAAAGGUGCCUACUGCCUCUCUGUCUCUGACUUCGACAACGCCAAGGGGCUCAACGUGAAGCACUACAAGAUCCGCAAGUUGGACAGUGGUGGCUUCUACAUCACCUCCCGCACCCAGUUCAACAGCCUGCAGCAGCUGGUGGCCUAUUACUCCAAACACGCCGAUGGCUUGUGCCACCGUCUCACCAACGUCUGCCCCACGUCCAAGCCCCAGACCCAAGGCCUCGCCAAGGAUGCUUGGGAGAUCCCCCGGGAAUCGCUGCGGCUGGAGGUCAAGCUGGGACAGGGCUGCUUCGGAGAGGUGUGGAUGGGGACCUGGAACGGCACGACCCGGGUGGCAAUCAAGACUCUGAAGCCCGGCACCAUGUCCCCAGAGGCCUUCCUGCAGGAAGCCCAGGUGAUGAAGAAGCUCCGGCAUGAGAAGCUGGUCCAGCUCUACGCCGUGGUUUCAGAGGAGCCCAUUUAUAUCGUCACCGAGUACAUGAGCAAGGGGAGCCUCCUGGACUUCCUGAAGGGUGAGAUGGGCAAGUACCUGCGGCUGCCCCAGCUCGUGGAUAUGGCAGCUCAGAUCGCAUCUGGCAUGGCCUAUGUGGAGAGGAUGAACUACGUCCACCGGGACCUCCGGGCAGCCAACAUCCUGGUGGGGGAGAACUUGGUGUGCAAGGUGGCUGACUUUGGCUUGGCACGGCUCAUCGAGGACAACGAGUACACCGCUCGGCAAGGUGCGAAGUUCCCCAUCAAGUGGACAGCCCCCGAAGCUGCUCUGUACGGCAGGUUUACCAUCAAGUCGGACGUCUGGUCCUUUGGCAUCCUCUUGACUGAGCUGACCACCAAGGGCAGAGUGCCGUACCCAGGGAUGGUGAACCGGGAGGUGCUGGACCAGGUGGAGCGGGGGUACCGCAUGCCCUGCCCGCCCGAGUGCCCCGAGUCCCUGCACGACCUCAUGUGCCAGUGCUGGCGGAAGGACCCGGAGGAGCGACCCACCUUCGAGUACCUGCAGGCUUUCCUGGAGGACUACUUCACCUCGACAGAGCCCCAGUACCAGCCUGGCGAGAACCUAUAGACCCGGAGCUCCUCCUGGCACCAGGGACGCUGCCGUCCUCGCCGCCGGGCGCCGAGGGCUGGCCUCCCCGCUGAGGGGCCGGUUUUUGCGGAGCAGCCCCGGAGCAGGAUGGGGCAUCGCCUCCGGAUGCGGCCAGGGGAGGAGCUGGGUCCCCCCCCGUCACUCCUUAAGACUUCUGGCCUGUGUUUAACGAAGCGGCACCGUCCCGCGAGCGAGAGGAGCCUGCGGGCACCAGCGAGACCGUCUCGGGAGGGCGAGAGGAGCAUCUCCCACCGGGAGACUUGGCUUUUGGGAGACCUUUUUCCCCCCCCCGGCAACUCUGGGCUGAGCUCAGAGGAACUGAGGGGCAGCACCCCCCAACCUCGGACACACUGGCCCCGGCCUCCUACACCCCCUUCUCUAAAUCAGCACAAAUUUCCCUGCCCCUUCGCCCUCCCCAACGUCCCCCCCUUGGCUCCUGUUCUCCCGAGGGUGCUGGCAGAGACGUUUCGCCACGGGGAAGGCAGAAGCUGGUUUGGAUGGGGUGAUGUGCUGGGGUGGUGGUGCCAGCGUGGGGUGGCAGCAGGAUGCUGGUGGUCCCCCUUCCUCAGGUGUCCCUCCAGCCUGGCCACGGCAGGGCUCUGAGCUGUGCUAACGGGCACUGGGGGUAUGAAACGUGGCUGCUCGUGGCUUUGGUGACCAUCACCAUCCCCUGGGUGCACGUUCGAGUCUUCCAGCUGUGUCUGUCCCCCCAGGGGACCGGUCUCAUGUCUCCUGGGAGCGGCACCGAGGGGUGCCAGCAGAGUCCUUGCCCUGCCUGUGGCUAGUCCUGGUCUUCCAGCUGGCCCCUUGGGAAGUGCACCACAGCCCUCCCCCCCUGAGCCACCCUCCCCGGCUCUGCCACCAGCUUUCCCACCAGCAGAGUCCCCCCAGGCUGGCCCUGCCACCAAAUCCAGUGCCACCACGGGGCUCAGGUGCACGGCAGGGGUGGUUCUUCAAGGUGUGGGAGUGUUUUGGGGGAAAUACUUGUCUUUCACGGAUGCUUUUGUCCACCAGGUACGUUUUUAGCUGCCUCCCGCCCCACCCCUCGUGUCUUGGCUGCUGGGCUUUGUUGCCCACGUGGUGGGAGCAUCCCUAACCACGGGCUGUCAUCCCAAAGGAGAGUCCUGGGAAGCCACUGUGCCACACGGGAGACUUUUGCCUUCUUAUCUGCCCCCUGUUUGCCCCCCAAGCCCUCAGCCACGUUUCGGUGGUGGGUGGGUAGUUAUCUGUGCCCGUCUGUGCUCUCCUGCCCAGCACCUGCCUUGUACAUAGCCCUUGAGCAGCCCCCACACCCUCCCAAACGUUGAAUUAGUUGCAUGUGUUGGUUUUGCCCCCCACCCCGAGGCUGUACCCAGCUGGAAACCCUUCGCCACGGAGGAUCACAAGGCUUUGCUUCCUCAUCUCUCGGGUCCCAGCCACCCUCAGUGCCUCUUGCCCAGAAAGACCUGAGGGCUCUUUGGAUGCUCUCCUGGUCCAAGGGUGGGAUGAGGCUGGAGGAUCCUGUGGGGCAGGGGAUGCUGCAGGGCAAGGGUGCCAUCAGGAAGGACCUGGAGAAGGGGAGCCAGCAGCUUUGCCCACCUCUUGGUCCUCAAGCUCUGGGGUUUUUUUGCCUCUCCAUGGGUUGUGGGAUGGGGUUUCCCUCCGGCACAGCCUCCUUGCAGGCAGCAGACCCAAACCCCCUCUCACCAGGCCCCACCAUGGUGCCAGUGUCCCAUGAAAGCUGGGUGGGAGCCAAGCAUGGGCAGGGGGGUGGCCAAAGCCCCCUCUCUCCCCAAACCCCUGUCCAGGCACACCACUGCCCCCCGCUCACUCCCACAGCUCCCCGGCCACUUAUUUAUGAACCGAGUGCCCCCUUGGUUGGUGGGUGGCUCCUUUUUAAUGAGUAAAACCUUUAAAAUCAGCUUGAAUGGGCUCUUCAGUGGGACGGAGAGAUCCUGUCUUUGCUGGCUUGAAGAACAGCAGCUGGUUUAAUGGAUUUUUUUUAAUCAUUUUGGGACUUGGAGCGUUUUUUCCCCCCACUUCCUAGCAGAUUUGCCGUGCCUGCACUUCUGUGCUUGGACAGGGACUCUCCAAACCUCUGGGUCUUCCCAUGGUUGCAUCCCUGGGACGGGUGGCUGCCAUGUCCCCGUUGGCACUGCCAGAGAAGCUCCAUCCCGCAGCAGCUGGUCCGAGGGGUGGCCUGUGCCAUAGCUCUGCCUAAAUUAUACAAAAAUCCCCAUUCCCAGGAGAAACCUCUUAAAACUGUAAGGUGAGGGAGCCACGUUUGAUCUGAAAGCUGGGGAGAGAAGGCAAGAGCACAUGUUGAGGCUUGGCCUUUGGUUGUCUGCAGCACGUACAGGGUGUUGCAUGAGCGCAGUGGGACGGGCUGAACCUGGAGAUUUCAUUUUCUGGCUCUUCCUGGAAGGAACACCCCGGGCUGGCUUUAAUCCCCAUGGUUUUUGGCAAGCUCUGACGAAGGAGACGUGCUGGGGACACUUCAGGGCAGAAGACAGCAAAGAGAUCCCAGAGGAACCUCCCUGCGCGGGGCCGGGGGCUGUGUGUCUGCCUGUCCGUGUGUCCAUCCCUGUGUCCAUGCAGCAGUUUUGGUGGGACCCAGCAUCUCCGGACUCACCACGCAGCUGCCACGACCCGGAGGCCCCGGGGACCCAGAACCUCUCCUCCAUCACCAGUGUCGUCUGCCAAUUUAUUUUUUAAGCCAAUAAACUCCAGAGGGGAGCCCCCACCUAAGGAUGUUCUUUGGCUUCCCGGGGUCAAUAACGUCCUGCAAGUUACUCUCCUCUGCUGUUACCAUUUUUUUUAAACAGUGUUUUGUAAGAUCUCCAACCGACUAUGCAGAGAACAUGUGGAUCUGUGUCUCUCUCCCCAGCUCCCCUCUCCCCCCACCUGCCUUUUUCAGUGUCAAAGUAAAAUAUUUAGCUUUUUUUUUUUCUUUGUUUUUCUUUUUUUUUUUUUUUUGGAUAAUAAUAAAACUUUGGGAAAAAAACCUGAAAAGGUCCAGCUUUGUGGGUGGUGGGGGGUGGAGAUGCUUUGAAACUCUAAUGUUGGUGUAAAUACUUUGCAAUUUGAUAAUUAAAUACAA